AUGGGGAACAAACUCACCUGCCGCUGCCUGAAGCCCAAUGCCAGCCCCAAAGUGGGCCGGAGCUUGGAGUGGGUGAAUCCAUACCCUGAGUCUUAUGUCUGUGAGGUGACUCGAGCUGCCCGGGAACAUAAGGACGUGGGUUUGGUGUUCUGCAAAUGCCACCCUGUGCUGCGCCUCAGUGACCUGCAAAUGCCCAAAGUGGGAGGAAAGAGAAAGAACAACUAUUUCUACCAUGUAUCUCCUGGUCACCUUAGGGAAAAGUACAGCUCAUGUGCUACUGUAUAUGUUGACUACUCGAUUUCUCAGCCUGAUCUGAGAAUCGCUGUGCAGUGCCUGGCACUAGCAAUAUAUUACCACAUAAAGAACAGAGAUUCAAAUAGAUCCAAGGACAUUUUUGAUGAGAGACUCCAUCCUGUCACAGAAGAAAAGGUUCCCGAGGAAUUCUUUCAUCAUAAUCCCGAUCCCGAAUCAAUUUACAGAUUUAUUCGACCUUUUUUCUUUGCCUAUAAGGUAACAGCAGGAUAUGCAAUAACAACUUUGGUUUACAUAGAAAGACUUUUAAUUUAUGCUGAAAUCGACCUUUGCCCAUUUAACUGGAAACGCAUUGUUUUGGAAGCGAUUAUUCAGGCCUACAAGUAUCUGCACGAUCUGGCUAUAUGGAAUACUCACUUCACCCGAUUGCUAAGGGGCAUUACAAUCAAGGACUUAAAUGAGUUGGAAAGGCAGUACAUAUGUCUACUGCGGUUUCAUCUUUAUGUUUCUGCCAGUGUCUAUGCCCAAUACUAUUUUGACCUUCGGUCUUUAGCAAGUGACCAUGGACUGCCUAUUGCACUUGCUCCUCUUCAAAAAGAAAGAGCACUGAACCUAGAGGCCAUUUCCAAAUAUUGUGAGAACAAAAACCUGUGCAAGGUGGCCAUAAAAAAAUCUGGCAGCUGUGAUAACCUUACUAAUGUGCAAUAUGCCAAUGCCAUCUUAUCUUAA